AUCGUGCAUUCUUUUUUCAUUCUGGAUUUUGACUUUGAGCAGUAAGCACGUGAGUAUUAGACGAGAGUUAGCCUAGCUGUACCUCUGCUAACAAUGCAAAUUCAGUCUUACUAAAUUAUACCAGAGUCAAUAGUUCAAGCCGAAGUUUAAAUUAAUAUUUCGGAAAUUAAAAUACCUUUUACGCGAAGUUAAUACAAGUACAUCUUCUGAAGAUAACUAUUCAACACCGUUUAAAACAGCGUAUGAGAAAUACCAUCAUUGAGCGAGGAGAAGACCAGGGUGUAAGUUAAUUACAGGCAGUAGUCGUCGUAUCGUCAUCGGAGUUAUAUUGCUGCGCUCGGCAAGCCUCAUCAUCAUAAGCCGUUGAUCAUUCGUGGCCUUAACUUUGGAAUCGAUCUUAGUACUAGAAGGAGGCCCACGAUAAAUCGUCAAUAUGGGCCUGUAUCAGAGAAUACACGAGCGCAUACCGCGUCGAGCGGUCCUCGGAUCGCUUAUGUUCUUCGCAUGCAUGUUCUCCUACGUGAUAAGGACAAACUUGUCUAUUAUCAUCGUGGCUAUGGUAAGCGUCAAAAAGGAGGCAAAAGAGGCAGUGUGUCCCAUCGCCAGAGGAAAUUCGACUCACAAUUUCACUGGACCCGCUGAAAUACCCGAUUACGGCGAACGCUACCCAUGGAAUCAGCACAUCCAGGGACAGCUUUUGGCAGCUUACUUUUAUGGAACCAUCCCGUCCAGUGUACCAGCGGGUAUGCUCGCCGAGAGAUUUGGUGGCGCCAGAGUCGUUGCUUUUGCGACACUGAUACCAGCUGUACUUAAUCUAUUCGUUCCCUGGGCUGCUGGUGUACAUUGGAUGCUUGUAUUUGCUCUUAGAUUCAUCUCUGGCUUCUUUGGAAGUGCCGUUUAUCCAGCUCUUCAUGCUAUGAUCGCCCGAUGGGUGCCACCCAAAGAGAAGGGCAUGUUUGUGUGGACUAUGCAGGGUGGGCCCUUCGGCACCUUCGUUACUCUCUCGCUUUGUGGUCUCAUCAUAGCUUACUACGGAUGGACGACGGCUUACUACGUGACCAGUGGCCUCAUGCUCAUCUUUUAUCUGCUCUGGGUUCUUUUGGCUUACGACACGCCUGACCAGCAUCCUACCAUCACAGAAAAGGAACGGAAUUACAUCAAAGAACAGAUUGGUACUUCCGUCAGCAAGCAGAAGCACCCACUACCCAUUAAAUCGAUUGCGACGUCCUUGCCUUUCCUCGCACUUCUGUUCUCACACUUUGCCAACAUGUGGGGUAUCUACUUCAUCUCUACUAAUGGACCCAAAUACACUUUGGAAAUUCUUGGCUUUGACAUGAAAAAUGCUGGAGCAUUGACAGGCUUACCUUAUAUCGCUCGAUUACUAGCCGGUGUGCUAUUCGCAGCGGCCGGUGAUUAUGUACGCAGCAAGAGUCUCAUGUCUCUCGGCUGGAUGCGACGAUUUUUCAUGCUUUUCUCCCACGUUGGUCCAGCCAUAUCGUUAUUGUUCGUUACGUACGCUGGUUGCGAUCGUUACUUAGCUAUAGCAUUUAUGGUCUUGGCAUUAACUUUCAACGGCGCUGCUUGUCAGACAAAUUUGCAAAACCACCAAGAUUUAGCUCCCAACUUUGCUGGGUCACUCUACGGUAUUAUGAAUACAUUUGGUAGCUUCUCCGGUUUCAUCAUUCCAGCUGUUAUCGGUGCGCUUACCAAUCAAAACAAUGGCAUUGAAGAGUGGCGCGUCGUUUUCUGGAUAUCAGCUGUGAUCUUUGUUGCUGCAACCGCACUAUUCUGGAUCUUUGGGUCAACCGAGAUUCAAUCUUGGAACGAUGUCGCCGCCUCAAAAUCAAAGAGUGCUAAUAUGUCCGAUGAAGAGAAGCAUAUCAACGAACAACCAAAGGAUGAGCACAAAAAUGAAGACGAUGAAAAUGCAAAACUUUAAAUUAAAUGAUAAUUAUACAGUGGGAUCGAUAAAUGUUUCUCAAAUUCAUCAGAUGUUUCAUAAUUUUUUGACGUCUACGUUUUAUAGAAUUUUUUCUUGCUCUUGUCAUGUAUCGACAAAUUGCAUAUACUGCAAAAAUAAUUAAUAUGAAAUAGCUGUAUCUUGGUAUUUAAAAAGUUUAAGCAUUUAAUUUAAAAUUGUUUUCAAAAAAUGAUCCUUUUAUCAACGUUAUAGUUUUAAGUUCAACAUGUUUUUAAUAUUAAGAACGAUCUGAUUAUUGAUUAAACGCCAAGUUUAAUUGUCACUAGUAGUAUGUAUGUAGUUAAUGUUUAUUUUUUUGUUCAAAAAACAUUGUUGUAUAUCAAGGGUACAAAAAAUCUUUUUUAUGACUGCAUGAAAAUGUACAAAAGCCACUUGUUCUUCAACAUCUUGAGAAGAUUAUCCAUAUAUCAUUCACGUAUAUUUUGAAUUCAUGCAAGUACUUUUUCUAACUCUUCACGUACAUGUUUAUAAAUAUUAUAUAUUAUAUUUACAUUUUAAGAAAUUAGAUCUAAUUCAUUCAAUGAAAGAGAAUCGAACGUUUGCUGUUGCUUUUACAAGAAAGUAAUACUUUUGAUUUAAAAUUUGUAUUGUAAAUAAUUUUAUCAGUUAUUUAUUGCAAAUGCCAAAAGUUCAUUGACAAUAGCAUUUAAUAGAUGUGUAGAUUUUAAGAUUGGUUGAAAUGCUCAGCUACGUAUAGUCAAUCAGUCUAAAAAGUCUAUUUUUAGUAUUUUUAAUGUGAAAUAUAGUUAAUUGUAGCACUUUUUUGUGCUUACAAAGCUUUGUUAAACUGUGUACAUAAAUCGUAAAAAAAACAUCUAUUUUCAUUAAAUUCAUUUAGUACACAAUUUCGAGAAUUUAAUUUCAUGUUAUGAAGUUAUGUAUGCGAUGAAAAAUGAUUAUUAAGAUGUAUAAAUUGAUUUAUUAAAAGCUAUUAAAUGCCAGUUAUUGUUUAUUGGUGUA